AUCUUGACAACAACCUUGUAAUUUGUCGGGCUCGCGCAGUUUGUUUAACUUGACGCGUACAGCACUUUCGCGUCGAGACACUUUCAGAUAAUGCCACAUCAGAGACACGUGCAUCGCAAUAUUUUAAUACAAACAUAUUCACCACAGCAUGCUCUCUCCAUUCACUAUUUUACGCCUAAUGCAUAAAAUAAAUGAAAUGUUGUGUUGUUGUUUUUUCCGCACAUUAAUUUGUAGAAAAGCACACAGUUUGUUCAAAGUUGCAUAUUACAACUUCGAUGUUACAUGCACGUAUAAAACAGCCAUUGCAUGGUCCCCAGAUAACAGAAACUUGCAGAAUAAAACAUUAACUCUAUAACUCAAAAUUCGCGCGUGGUAGAAAUAGUCUCAGAAAAGUCAGAAAAUAACUCUGAUUCCACCUCCAACCAAGUGUAGCUACAAAAGCAUGAUUCUGUCAAACGAGCAGUGUCACAGAUAGCCUAAAACCGACCGCAAAUCUGUGAAUAAUAGGAAAUAACAUUGGACCGAAGAGUUGUGUCUUCGCUUAUCCAAUGAACAUCCCGUGACAUUCGUUGCUUUGUUUGUCCUUGUUGCGCGGGUGUUUGCUUUGCAAAUAAAAAAAAAGUUUACUCUCCGCUGUGCCAGCUAACCAGUCUAUUGUUAGAGGAGGGUGAUGUGGGCGAUACACUUAGCCAAAAGUAAAUGGGUGCCGGAAAGCCCAUUAUAAGGGGCGCACUUCUCUGUCAAUCAGUCUCGUCCCAAGGCGAGGAAAGGCACAUUACCUGCAGUUCAUUAUCUAAAUAGAAAUAAGAACCGGUUUUAUCGCAAAGGGGAGGCCCUAUGCGAGAGAUAAGAGAGAAGUCUGGAUUUCAGUGUAGCUUACAGCAGUGGUGCAGGAGAGAGGCCGCCUGAAACAGUUCAGCACGCAACCCUUUGAAAUCAACGGAGCGCGUAUACGCAUGCGUUUAUUGUAAUCGGUAAUCAAUUUAAACUUACUAAAAUAGUUUAGAAAGGCGGCUUUCUUUCUUCUUUUUUUUCUUCUUUUUUUUCUUCUUUUUUUUUUUUUGUUUUUUUUGUUUUUUUUUUUUGUUUUUUUUUUUACAGAUUCAGCGAAGAAGGGACAUUUCUUGAGCGGGGUUUUCAUCUUAAGCAAGCUACGCCCAAUGUGUUAACCUAGGAGACCAUCGUUCGUAAAGUUCUUGGAUACUCUGAAUUUCCCAUAAACGCGAGGAACAGCGUUUAAUCUCUUGGGGACAUCGUACAAUUACUUUCGGUUUGAUAACCAUAGGCGAACCCUUGCAUUCACUUUUACAUUUUUGCUUUGAGCUCGAGUGCAGCGCAAAUUGUAAAUCCAAUUUUUGGAAUGAUUUCAGCAAUAUCAAGCCCGUGGCUGACGCAGCUGUCCCAUUUUUGCGAUGUUGCAGCCUUCACGACCAGCAGCCUGAGCAGUCUCAAUACGCCCGGGAGUUACCAUCUCUCUCCUUCCCCUGGGGAUCCGUACAGCCAUCAUGAAAGCCAGUUCGAACCGUGCCCUGCAGCCCAGCACGGCUACAACUAUUCCGGACCCAACCCAGCACAGGCCCCGACGCAGGGAGACACCGGGACAUCCAACUGCUCCUCGUCGUCGUCAAGCUCAACGCCGAAUAAAACGCUGGUGAAAAAGAACCCUAAAGUGGCCAAUAUUAAUGUACAGUUGGAAAUGAAGGCGCUUUGGGAUGAAUUUAAUCAACUUGGAACUGAAAUGAUUGUCACAAAAGCUGGGAGGCGAAUGUUUCCUACGUUUCAAGUCAAAAUAUUUGGAAUGGACCCAAUGGCAGAUUACAUGCUCCUGAUGGAUUUCUUACCAGUGGAUGAUAAACGAUACAGGUAUGCCUUCCACAGUUCAUCGUGGCUGGUGGCUGGGAAAGCUGACCCAGCGACUCCAGGUAGAGUGCACUACCACCCCGACUCACCUGCCAAAGGAGCACAGUGGAUGAAACAGAUAGUUUCCUUCGAUAAACUAAAACUGACCAACAAUCUGCUGGACGACAAUGGACACAUAAUCCUGAAUUCAAUGCACAGAUACCAGCCCAGAUUCCACGUGGUAUACGUAGAUCCUCGGAAAGACAGUGAGAAAUACGCCGAGGAAAAUUAUAAGACUUUUGUUUUUGAGGAGACCAGAUUCACCGCCGUUACCGCAUAUCAAAAUCACAGAAUAACACAACUGAAAAUUGCCAGCAAUCCAUUUGCCAAGGGUUUCAGGGACUGCGAUCCAGAGGACUGGCCCCGGAAUCACAGGCCUGGCUCUUUACAAAUCAUGAGUGCAUUUGCUCGAACCAGGAACCCCAUGUCCACUCCCCCACAGCAGAAUGGCACAGAGAAAGAGGACAGUAGACGAGAAUAUGACCGUGACCCCAGCAGCACUCCCCUCCAUUCUGAUCCAGCUCACCAGCUGAUGUCGCGAGUUCUCAGCCCUGCGCUUCCUGUCCUUGGUGGCCUACACGCUGUGCCCCUCACAGCUGGCCACCGCAGCCCACCCCACGAACUGCGCCUCGACGGACACCCCCAACCACCAGACACCCUGCACCACCAUCCAUACAAGUACCCCACCACCUAUGAACAUUAUCUGGGAGCCAAAACCAGGCCGUCUCCAUACCCCUCACCGAGCAUUAGAAGCCACGGUUACCACCCCCACAUGAACCCCACCACAGCCAACAUGUACUCUGCGACAAGCGCGUCGACUAAUUACGACUAUGGACCUAGAUAAUGACAGAACCACCACUCACUUGGGUUUCCUCAAAAUAUAAAGAAAAAACACACAUACCUUUGUGUCCCAGACUCACGAAGCACGAGUUUUGGGUUAGGCACAUCUUUUGAAGUGGCUACUGCACACAGAAAGCUAAACUGCCAUAUUUAUUGAAGGGAGAAAUGUCCUUGUGGAACUUAAGGAUGAGCUCUGUGGACCCAGCAUUAGCUCUGGCAUGCCUGGGAACUGAGAAUCAGAACAAUACCUGGGCAAAAGUAGACCUGGAAACCACAGUAUAAGUGUUCAAAGUAACAAGAAGGGGAAAUACUUUUUUAGACAAAUAAUGCAUUAUCACAGACUGGAACUGAUUUUUUGUUUUUUUGUUUUUGUGUUGGAUGCACUUUUUGUUUUUGCUUUUAAAAAGCCAUAAAUUAUAUAUUACCCUUGAGCCAUCGAGCUUCUAGAUAGAUGGAAUAUCUGCAUGUUGCGCUGUUUUGAAGGUGCUGAAAUGCCCUGAAUUUUGUAUUUUUUUUUCCUGGUUGACAAUGAAUUGUUUUUGAAAAUGCUAGACCACCUUUAGCAGGUCCGUGAAGCUUGUAACGUGGCACUGACUUAAAGCAACUCAAAUAAAAAAAAUAACAGAAUGACUGUGCUGAACUUGUAAAAUAAAAAUGACAUAUUUUACCUUUGAA